AUGACCACAGAGAGUUUUGCAGAGUUCCUGAACAAACUCAAGGAAAUCCAUGAGAAAGAGGUCCAAGGGCUGCAAAGCAAGCUGACGGAGCUGACGACGGAGAAGUGCCGUGAUGCUCAGAGAAUCGAGGAGUUGUUUGCUAAAAAUCACCAAUUAAGGGAACAACAGAAGGUCCUUAAAGAAAACGUGAAGGUGUUAGAAAACAGGCUGCGAGCAGGUCUCUGUGACAGAUGUAUGGUCACCCAGGAGCUGGCAAAAAAGAAGCAGAAUGAGUAUGAGACCUCCCAUUUCCAGAGCCUGCAGCACAUCUUCAUCCUCACAAAUGAGACAAACCGCCUGAGGGAGGAGAACAAAACUCUCAAGGAAGAACUGAAGAGGCUCCGGAGCCUGGAGGACAGGACAAAGCAGCCAGGAUGCACCUCCAGGGAAAGCAGCUCUACACCCAGCUCCCCCCUGGCUCUGCUCACUGAGAAAACAGGUUCCAGGGGAGCAGAAGAAGCCCACCAGGAUGUUCCAGGCCUUGAGCUGGGAGAAGAAAAGCCUGCAGGGCAGAGGAGCCCUCCAAGCAGUAGGACUUCCCCACGCACUGUCCUCCAAGAAGUCAGCCUCACUGAAAUGGCAUCCCAGAGGAUUGCAAACCGGCUGCACGGAACCAUUGCCUUGGUGAGACCCGGCUCCAGACCCUGCCUGCUGGAGAGAAGUCCUUCAAGGGCAGCAGUGUCCCCACCAGCCAGGAAGACUCCUCUCCCACCGGAGCGCGAGCACAGCCCCAGCCUUGAGGCUUAUUUAACAGCCAGCAAAACGGACUCCCCCAAGGUUGCUGCCUCCUACGAGAACCUGAAGCUGACAGCCAGGAGGGAGCAGCUCUGCCUCCUCCACAAGCACCUUUCCCUGCAUCCGCUGGGGCUGCCGAGCAACUGUGCCUCGGCCGAGCAGGAUGGCAGCAGCUUCUCCAAACACCUGCCCAGGGCCAAAGAUGCUGACAGCAGGACACGGCUGUGUGAUGGCUGGGAAGACCGAGCAGCCUUGCUGAAGCUCCCUGCUGCCAUGGUGUACGUGAGGGAUCAGCACCUGGAGGAGAAGCUGCACCUCCUCAAGCACAGGGAGCGGCUGCAGCAGCUGCUCCUGCAGCAGUGCCAGCCCGGCCAGCGGGCAGAGGGGGAGCCAAGGCCUGUGCCCCACGAGCGGCCCCUCUCCCCGUGGGCAAACAUCACGCUGGGAUGCAAGGAGGAGAGGUCCUUCCUGGAGGAUGCUGCAGAUGGGAAGGAAGAGAAAGAGCUUUGGCUGAGCCAGGACGGCUCCGAGCUCCGAGAAAAAGCGGAGGUGGCCAGGGAUGAUGGUGCAGAUGCUCCUCUGGAUCUGUCAGACUCCAGCCGUGGCAGGGACAUGGGCUGGCACCGCCGGCGGGAGCUGAGGGGGGCAACCAGCCCACGGCUGAGCCCUGGGGACAGCCCUGCUCUGCCCGCAGCCCCCGGCCCCCACGGGAGGCAUGAGGCAGGGAGGGACAAACUGCCCUUCCCCGGCUGCUGGCCCAAGGCUCCCCGGGCACUGCCUGCUGCUGUCAAGGAGGAGGAAAAGGAGGAUGAGGAGGAUGAAGCUGUGCUCACUCUCUCCCGGACACAUCCGACAAACAAGUCCUUGCCAAGUGACCCAGAGGCCCUUCCAGAGAUUGGGAAGAGACUGGCUGUCAGUGCACAAAAGGAAGAAGCAGAUGACGACGAUGCUGAGUCUGAGAAGCAGGAAUCUGAUGAGCCAGACACGACGGACAGUGAGGUGGCUGCCCCAUAUGAAGAUGAUAUCCUACCAGAAGCCCAGGCUGAUGGAAAAUAUUUUUGCACCAAAGACAAAGCACUGCAGAAGAAGAGAAAAAGAGGACAAGAUUCCUGGACAAAAGGAGGCAAGAGGUCAAUGAGAGGAAGAAAGAAAGUCAGAGUGGAGCAGUGCUCAGAGGGGAUCACAAAGGAACUGGAGAACUGCUCUGCUUCCCACAACGAUUCCUCUGAGGAGACCUAA